CUCGUUUGAAAUUCUCUCCCCCGGAUUCUUGUCUGCACCUCACCAUCACCUGCUCUGUGACGACUCACCGUCUCUCUUUCCUCUCUUUCUUCCUUUGGCCGCGAUCCGAUAGACUUAUAGACUCACCCAGCCCCGCUUGUUCUCUUUUUAAACAAGGGGAUGAAGGCAAUCCCGGGCACACUUAUCACCUGCGAUCCAGCCGCCAAGCAAAUCAUCCUUGCGCUCAACGAAGAAGUCCGCGUCCUCAUUCGCGAGCUCGACGACACGCACCUCAUUGUGCAGACGGAACGAGUCGACUGGAUCAGGUCUGAAUUGGAGAAGGAGCUCGAGAAGCACACCUGGAAGAUUCACGAAUAAAAAGGCUUCGUCACAAUGGUCGAAGCGACACUCUGCCCGCAGCUGCCUCCCGAGGUGCUCAGCCACAUCUUCCUGCACGUCGAUCCCCACACGCUCUACACCUCUGUGCGCGCACUCUCGCGCAGCUGGAAGGCCUGCGUCGAGGAGCACCUCCUCGCCCACGAAUUCAACACAGGCCGCUGGCGCCUGGGCUUGCGCGUCGUCAAGCGCGCCAGAAGGGGUCAGCCCUGGCGUGGAGGCGUCGUCGGUGGCGAAGGUCUCCAGGCUCCCGGUGGGCUUUGGAGCGCCUACAAGGAGGCCCAUGCCGGCGCCCGCAGCACGACUACUCGGCGCACCAUUCCGCCUCGCCCCACACAAGGCCUCUCGGCAAGCAUGCUCUUUGCUCUGGGCAGCCCAGACGAGGAAGACAAUGAAGCGCAAACUGACGGCGCUGGCGCAAAUACCGACGCCACCGACGAUGCAGCGGCAGCCCAAGUCAGCGAUGGAGAAGAAGCGGCACUGAGACAGCGUUACGCAUCUGCCAAUGUCCUGUCCCGCCGCGACGCCCUCGAGGACGAGCUGCCGCGAGGCGAGGAGGGAGCCGAUUCGGACCCAUUGAUCCACAUCCUACCCCUCCAGUUCUCUCGCUACGACGCUGAGAAUGUCUCGUUGCAAUUCACCACCGGUCUCGAUGAAUGGCACGCUCUGUUCGAGCAGCAGGCCACUGGCGAAGCCGACGCGAGCGAGGAUGAAGAGGAGACCGAGGGACGGCGAGAAGCAGAAGAGUCCAGACGCCUGGAUCUCGACUUCGGCCUUGUCUGGCGUUUCCCUGGCGACGGCCAGGACGACGACCCGGAAGUUGGCACCCAGGGAUGGGGUCGGCCAGAUCCCGAGAACGGAUGGCUGAGCCGCUUCUACUGCUCCGGCUACGACAUGAAGCCUGCAUCUGCCAUCGAGCAGGGGGAAGAAGUAGAAGAGGAUGGCAAGGAAGACGAUGGCCGCCUUCUCCAGUCGACACCCUUGGCUCGCAGGCGCCGGACGGCCACGCUGCGGCGCGAGACCCCCAGCGACUACGAGGGUCAAGAGGAGCUUUUUUGGUCCGAUGACGGUCAUGAAUACAUGUCCCUGUCUCUGUCCCUCGGCGCCGAGUUCUUUGUCCGGCGCGCGGCCCGCACCAACCAUCUUCUUCGUCGUCUCGAAGUCGCUGCACGCAGCCAGGAAGACAAGAGGACCGCCAAAAGGGGCAGGCGCAAUCGGUUCCUUGGGGCCACCUCGAACAGCAGCACCGCCUCAUCGACGCCCAUGCGAGCCUCGAGUCCUCCUCCUCCGCCGUCGCGCGCCACGGCCGUCGCCACAGCAAGAGAAGGGAACAGUCCUUGCCUCACGCCAAAGACAAAGUCGGCCACCAGCUCGCCCCCUCGUCGACUCCAGCCUGGUCCUUUGCCGAAGGCCUCCUGGGCUGCCAUUGCUGCCACACCGCCGCGCUCGGGCACGUCUUCACCCGUGCCUCAAGGUCGCCCCAGGAUUGCGCAGCUUGUUCCUCAUACCCAGGACAAGAAUGUGAAGGCUGCGAUUCACGAGGAAAUUCACAAUGGCGAGGAAGCAGAGGAAGAGUCUGCCGCCUCCGAAUACCACGAUGCAAUUCGAUCGAUUGUGGACAGCGUCUCGACGACGAGCGGUCAGGCCACGGCCGUUGCGACAACGCAAGGCAGCAACCGUCGUUCGAGUCCCCGCGCCACAUUCGUUUGCAAGCUUAUGCGGCCGUCUGCUCCUGCUCAUGGCAGCCAGUGCUGGACGGGAGGCGACGCGUGGGGCAGGAACGCAUCAAGACUCGCUCCCGCCUCGAGCAAGCUUGAAAAGGUGGCCACCUGGGAAUGGCGCCGCUAGGGGGAGUUUCCACCGUGACAUUGAGUCGAGGAGCCCGCGCACACCGCUGCAUCAUAUCCUGUGCUCCUCCUCUCUCUCCUCCUAGCGGCUUCGAGUGUCAUGUCUUGUUGUAUUUGUAUCCUCGACUUGUAGAUGGCGGCUAAUUUCUUGUGGAUAGACUCUUUUCUUCCUCUUUUUGCAUGCAGACACUGGCGAGCUGUAGUAGUAGUACCAGCGUCCAUGCUCUUCUUUCCCUCCCUGCCGUAAACGGGGAGUGAUUCGGCUCCAUCCUUUCUUGUUUUUUAGAAUAGAACACAAGAUUGCAUCGUCUUAUUCGAAAAGUUAGACUAAUUGUAGCCUCGGG